GGUAGGAGUCCGUCAGUCGAUUGUCAACAUUCAGUACGAUCAGACUCAUUAGGUUAAUUUUAGUUACAAAAGAUAUUUUUUAUUUUCCAAAAGUACAAUUCAUGAAUUUUUAAAACAAAAAUGUCAACUUUCAAGCAAGUUCCUCUCACAUGUGGUGGCCAUACUAGACCAGUCGUGCAUUUGGAUUUUAGUGACGUUACAAAAGAUGGGUAUUAUUUGAUUUCAGCCUGCAAAGAUGGAAAACCUAUGUUGCGGCAAGGAGAGACUGGUGAUUGGAUCGGAACCUUCGAGGGUCAUAAAGGAGCAGUGUGGGGGGUAGCUUUGACACAGACUGCAACCUUAGCAGCUACUGGAUCAGCUGAUUUUUCAGCAAAGAUAUGGGACGCCCGAUUCGGCGACGUUGCGCACACAUUCGAUCAUGAGCACAUUGUGAAAAGCGUAAACUUCAAUGCAGAUGACAGUAUGCUGCUGACGGCUAGCAACGAGAAGUUGAUCCGGGUGUUUGAUCUCAACAAACCUGAGGCAGGAGCAAUAGAGAAAAUAAAUGCCCACACGAGUAGCAUCCGGCACGCCGUCUUCCUGCACAACUCCCGCAUUGUGAGCGUCAGCGACGACCUCACGAUGCGGGUUUGGGAUCGCACUAGUGGCCAGGAGGUGCACAAAGUGGAAUUUCCUACCAUUCCUAAUAGUUUAGAAUUAUCAAGAGACGGAGCAAUAUUGACGGUGACGCAUGGUACAAACGUAUCUUUCUACUCAUCCGACACGAUGCGAAAGAUGCGCGAGUUCCCCGUACCCACGAAAUGUUACUCGGCGUCGUUAGCGCCCAGCCGGGCCACGUUCGUCUGCGGGGGAGAGGAUCUCAAAGUGUACAAGUUUGAUUAUAAUACCGGAACUGAGCUAGAGUCGAACAAAGGCCACUUCGGGCCCGUGCACUGCGUGCGGUGGUCGCCGGACGGCGAGCUGUACGCGACCGGGUCGGAGGACGGCACCGUGCGGCUGUGGCAGGGCGUGCCCGGCCGCGUGUACGGGCUGUGGCGGCGCAGCAACGAGCACGCGCCCAUCGCCAACGGGUUCAAGGAGGUCGCCGCCAACUGACACGCCGCCGGCGACUGUCCGCGCCAGGAGAAUUCGGAGUAGUGAGAGUGCAAUCAAAAUCGGCCGCUUGGUGGCAAAAUCGGCUUGAUUCAUCGACUGCGGUAUUGUCACCGAGACAUGUGUUUAUGACCUGACGGGGCUUCGCCCGACAAAUCAAGACUCAAGUAUUCAAAAAUGUCAAACGUUUGUGUUGUUUUUAAUUUUUUAUUUUGCAACACUAUUUUUUAUACUCAAACGCAAUGUAUUUAUUGUAAAAAGAAACUAAAUAGACUUGAUAUGCAACAAAAUAAAGUGAUUUGUAAAUAUUUUA